CAUAAUCAAAGUCUCAGCAGUAAUCUUUACCAUUUCUCAUGAUGCGCAGCCAUUUCAUUUGUCUCAUAGUCGUAUCUAUGAUGAUUAUGCUGCUGGAUAUGCCUUCCCAGAGCUAUGCAGCAAGUGAACCAGUGUGCACAUAUCGCAAUUCCGAGGAUGAGACCAUUUUCAUUAAAUAUUUGCCACUACUGAAGAGGGGACAGGACUAUGUGGAUUUUGGCAAGGAUGGCAAAUGCCUUAAACGUGCUAUCUGCACGGAUACCUUUAAAACAAUUGUCGAGGAUUGCUCCACACAGAAAAUCACUUGCAACAACAAGGAUCGGCAUACGGGCGUAUUCCCUGCCUGCUGUAUUAAAUGCCAUUAAAAACACGUAUGACAUAUGUAUGACGGUGACUUAACUUUUUAAUCCUGAAACUGGGUUAAAGGUUCUUUCGCAAGCCCUUUUUAUAAGAUAAGAUAGGCAUUGAUGUUUCAGAUAUUGUAUUUUGAAAAUGUACCGCUAUAUUAUAAAGCUCAAUGACUUUGAGAACAAAAAGAAAGAAAUAAAUGUCGUUUCUACAUGGCAUAAGUUUUGACACGAA